GAUCCUAUUAGUCAUGGGUACUCACUUUGGUCUAGGUGUGGUAAUCUUGGCUGUUUUAGCCACAGCGCUCACUGAACCAGAUGUCAAAGUAAUAUGUGCGAAAGACUCCGUGCGAGUCAUAUGGAGGGUAGGACCCCAGUUUGUGCCACACGCGGCCCGGUUCUUUCUCGGGAGCUGCAUGCCAUCGAAGUGGACACUUCUACCCACUGGAGAGGGGGAAGCCCGUUUUAACUAUAAAUUUUCUGACUGCAGGUUUACAAAACAGAUUAAAGGCAAACACAUAAUGUAUCAUAAUGAACUGAGCUUCAGGCCACAGGGGAGACCAAAACCUGCUGUUUUUAAGCAUCCAAUUAAAUGUGUUUAUAAAAGGUCUGAUGACUGGGUCCCCAAGUUCCUUAACCCUGGCUCAGGUGUUUCUUCAGGUCAGAGUAAGCUGGUCUUCCAUAUGGCCCUUCUUAAUGAGCAAUUGACAGGUGUUGCAAAGUCAAACGUGAUCCCUCUGGGUUCGUUCAUGCCUAUAUGGGCAGCAGUGGAACAAAAGGCCCACCAGCCACUGCUAAUGCUUAUGGAUGAAUGUGUUGCAGCCACCACACCAGAGCUGCACCCUGAUGCCCAAGUUUACCCCAUCAUUGGCAACAAUGGUUGUCUCCUGGACAGCAAGCGGGGAAGCUCAAUGUUCCUGCCCAGGUACCACACCUCUGCCAUCAUCCUCUACCUGCAGUCGUUCAAGUUUGGUCUGAAUGGAGAGGUGUACAUCCACUGCAACCUGGUUGUUUGGGACAGUAAUGUUCUUGAUGGACAAAGGAAGGCCUGCCAUGUGAAGGAACAUGGAAGUUGGGAACUACUUGAUGACCCGUCAAGAAGCUCCUUGUGUAACUGCUGUGACUCGGUCUGCACACCUCGCACCAGAAGAUCCUCUGAACAGGCACAUCUCGGCACGAGUUUCAAUUCAGUGUUGGGACCAAUUAUUAUAAGGGAUGAAGCCGGCUCAUCGCUUUAGUCUGCAGCUGCUGCCAGGAACUGGUCACACUGAUGGAGACCUGGUUACUGCCACACAUCCAUAAUUUCCGAUUCAAAGGACUUGAUGUAGCUUAUUGGACUCUUUAAAAAGCUACUGUAACUUCAUGAUGGCAAAAUAAACCUUGUCAUUUUGACUCCAGUUUUUAAAAGAGCACUGUUCGUGGAAAGGCUUUAAUUUGAGAUUAAUAAAAGUUGAAAGGAA